GCUGGCAUGGGCGAGUUGAAGAACAUGAAGAACCGCCCUAUGAUCCUCAUCGGUGGGUAGGCGCGGCCUCCUUUUCUUUUGGAUAUUUGCAUUUGGGCGAAUGACUUUCAUGAAUUAUGAUCAAUGCAUGCAGAAGGUGUCUCAGUCUGUUUCGUGAACCAGGGGGUCUUUGGAAACUACAUGAUGAUUGAGGUUUUGGGAUGCGUGCUGAUGGAUGGGUUAUAGAUAAUGGAAUUACGGGCAAUUCGAUCAAUGCCACUUCUUCGUACAGUCAACGAACCAGGUUGGCAUCACCUGCAUGGGGAAGGAUUCCUGUACACCUACUCUCCUCUGGUCCACAGGUUGCCGCACAAGUUCGACAUUACUCUCGUGCCCGUAAAGACAACCCGUCUGUUGCAGACUCCCAACGGACAAACCCAGAUCUGGAAAGAGAACACUCCAAGAUCUCCCUUUCCACAGCCUCUGAUCCAGACUUGCCCCAUCUCAACAGCUCGCAGCACGUGCACAUGACCAAGAUUGCAGAGAAGCCGGUGACGAAACGUCAAGCCACAGCUACUUGUGUGGUGCAGUUCUCCAACCCGCGGCCGUGGGAGAUACUACGAGAGGGCCGUGGUACCAAGAAGGGAGACGUCUUCAGUGUCGCCCGCAUCGCCGGCAUUAUGGCUGCCAAGAAAACCCCGGAUCUGAUCCCCCUCUGUCACCCGGGGAUUGGCAUCACGGGCGUCGAGGUGGAUGUGAGGUUACUGGACCCUGAUGCUGCGGAAGCGCGUGCUUCGGACGGCUCAGUGGGCCAUGGGGCGAUGCACAUCACGGCUACCGUGAGCUGCCUGGGACGAACGGGGGUCGAGAUGGAAGCGAUGACUGCUACGAUGGGAGCUGCCCUGACAGUGUACGAUAUGCUGAAAGCGGUGGAUAAGGGCAUGGUGAUCGGUGGCGUGAAGUUGUUGGAGAAAAAGGGGGGUAAAAGUGGGCAUUGGGUUCGCCACGAAGUGGUCAAAGGCACUGGAGAAACUGAAUGAGGCCGAUU